CAAAUGUCACGCAUGAUUUUGAGAGAUGUGAAGAUGAAUCUAGAGUGUUCAAUUAGUGGGUCCUCGAUCCGGUGGCAAAUUCUGUGUCAUUAAAUUUUUCACUUUUUUUCUGGGUAGGUCAUAUUCGUUGGCUUCCCUCCGUUAUAUAGUGCCAGACAAGAACUUCUCUGUGUAUAUUCAUUAAUGCUUCUCAGCAAAUUUGUAAGACUACUAAUGGCCGUUCUGCAGAUCGUAGGCGUGGUAAUUGCAGGAAUAGUAGGAUGUUUAUGGCUGGCUAUGCUGUGGGCAGGCCAAUUACACAGGCCUAAACGUGCUCCACCUGGAAGUUUUGGAUUGCCCAUCAUUGGUGAAACACACCAAUUUGUUAUAGAUGGAAGAUCCAAAUCUCCCCAGGUUUAUGCAGACAAAAGAAAGGCUAAGUAUGGGCAGCCUGUUUAUACUACACAUCACAUGGGGUAUCCCACAGUGAUGUCCAUAGAUCCAGAAGUUAAUAAAUUCAUAUUGCAGAAUGAAGGCAAAUAUUUUGUGAGCAACUACCCAAGGUCGUUGAGAAAUCUGUUUGGUGAAGGGGCCAUUGCCUGCACUUCUGGUGACCUGCACAAGAGGAUUCAUAAUGUGGUUUUGAGCUUCAUUAACACUACCAAACUCAAGGAGUUUGUCAUGGCCGACGUUGAGUAUGUUAUCAAGACAGCCUUGAGAAACUGGGAGGGGCGAACUGUGCAUGUUGAAGAAGAGUGCAAAACGAUGGCCUUCAACAUCAUUACAAAGUAUCUUCUUGGGCUCAAGCCAGGGGAAGAGACCACAUAUCUAAUGAUGGAGUAUCGAAAAUUCAUUGAAGGGAUCAUUUCCAUACCAAUCAAAAUUCCUGGAACUUCCUAUUAUAGAUCAAUGAAAUGCAAGGAGAAUUGUGUGAACGUUAUGAAAAAGAUCAUUGAGGAACGGAGAAGGAAGCCACAGUCAGAACAAAAGGAUAUUCUUGAUGCCUUGUUGGCUGAUAGUGAUCAAAAUGGAGAGAAGAUUCCGGACUCCAUCAUCUACAACAAUAUAAUGAAUUUGUUUGGAGCAGGAGAAGAAACUUCUCCCAUGGCCAUGAUGUGUGCUGUCAAAUAUAUAUAUGAAUGCCCAAAAGCUUUGGACCAGUUAAGGGAAGAACACUAUGCCAUUAGAAAAAUGAAAGCCUCGAGAGAAUCUUUGACAUGGAAUGAUUACACUAAUUGCAUGACUUUUACUCACCAGGUUAUUAAUGAGACACUGCGCCUUGUAAAUCCUGCUGCUGGUGUGAAUAGAAAGGCCGUAAAGGAUGUGGAGUUUAAAGGAUAUUUUUUUCCAAAAGGGUGGCUUGUAUUUCCCUACUUCAGAAAUGUGCAUCUGGAUGAGGCAGUGUAUCCAGACCCUCUCACAUUCAACCCUUGGCGUUGGGAAAAAAAGAUACCAAGUAUGUACUAUACACCUUUUGGAGGAGGCCCUCGAAUAUGUGCAGGCCAAGAAUUAGCCAAGCUGGAAAUCGCUAUUUUUCUUCACUAUUUAGUAACCCAGUUCACAUGGAUCCACCAUGAUGAUGAGAUAAUAAAUUUCCCUGCUGUGAGUUUCAAGAACAAGUUACCCAUAACUGUAAAAGCUCUGCAACGCUGAGAGACACCAGAAGUGGCCUACAACAUCGUAAUUUAUAAUAAGGCUACGUUUAUGUCUAGGCAGAUAUAUGUACUAGUAAGUACAACUGAAACUUAGAAAAUUUUAGGAAGUUCAAAUAUAUGUGUAUAUCACUUAAGGUAAUAGUCCUGAAGAAAUGCUCGAAUGUGUGGAGAUUAAGAUUCAUGAUGCUUUCAUGAUGAAUUGUUUUAUUUAAAUAAAAACAGUUCACCUUGUUUUAUAUAAAUGUUCCUCUAAAAUUACUUGGAUUUUCACUGAAAAUUCUAUGUAAUCAUUAAGAAAGUAAUCAAAUAAUGUGCUCGGUUGCUCUUA